UGCAUAUCACAUCACUAAACAAAAUCAGUGUUAGAACAAUGGCAAAGCUUAAUGUUGAUAUAGAGAGUAAAGAACUACUUGGGGCUCAAGCUCAAGUAUGGAACAACACAUUUCCCUUCAUACACACAAUGGCUCUAAAUUGCGCCGUCGAGUUGGGCAUCCCGGACAUCAUCCAUCGCCACGGAAGUCCAAUGUCGCUAUCCCAAUUAGUCGACGCACUUCCCAUCAACAAAGCGAAGUCAAAUUGCAUCCAUCGCUUGAUGCGCUCACUCGUCCACUCUAAGCUCUUCAUCAAACUCAACACCACGGAGGAUGAAGAGGCGCGCUAUUGGCUCACUCCGGCCGGAGACCUCCUUCUAAAAAAUAAUCCCAUGGCUGUUGCGCCAUAUUUGCAAGUCAUGUCGAAUCCGGAAAUGGUGAAAGUGUGGCACUAUAUGAGCCAAUGGCUUGUUAGUGGAAACAAUGGGUCGCCCUUUGAGAUCGCGCACGGGAAGACCGUUUGGGAGCAUUUUUCAGGGAGUGAGUCGAGAUUGGGCGACAUGUUCAACGAAGCUAUGUCGUGCGACACAAGGCUUGUGAUGUCCGUAUUGCUUAAAGAUUACAAGAAAGUUUUCGAGGGGGUGGGGUUGCUAGUGGACGUGGGAGGGGGCGUUGGGACAGCAGCAAAAGAAAUCCUCGAUGUAUUUCCGGGCAUGGAAUGCAUUGUUCUUGAUCUCCCACUUGUUGUAGCUGGAUUGGAAGGGACACAGAGCUUGAAAUUCGUUGGAGGAGACAUGUUCGACGACAUUCCUCGCGGUGAUGCUAUACUCUUCAAGUGGGUCUUGCACGACUGGAACGAUGAGAAUUGCACGAGAGUGUUGAAGAAAUGCAGAGAAGUUCUGUCGGAAGGCGGGAAAGUGAUCAUAAUCGACAUGGUUUUGAACGAUGAAUCUUGCCGAGGAGAUCAUAAGGACGACAUUAUCGAGGAAUCUCAGCUGUUGUUCGACCUAUUGUUGAUGACUUAUGUCGAAGGAAAAGAAAGAAGUGAGAGGGAAUGGGCAAAGCUUUUCACAGAUGCUGGCUUCACUACCUAUAAGAUUACUCCUGUGUUAGGUGCGAGGUCUGUAAUCGAAGUUUAUCCAUGAAAAUAAUUUGGAUUGGAUGUGUUCGAGGUCUGAUUUGGUUGUCCAUGAUUCUUAAUUCAUGUUCUCUUAGUUUAUUUAUCGUAUCUUUAAUUUGUAUUGUAUUGUAUUGUAUUGUAAGAAUAAUC